AUGGAAUUAGUGAUCAUCCUUUUCCUCUUCUUUUGCUUGCCUUGUUCUCUUUUUCUUUCCCUUGUGAGCCUCAUCAGCUUCUUGAAUAGAGCAUGGCUGAAACCCAUCAUGAUUCAGUCUUCCAUGAGCCGCCAAGGAGUCAACGGCCCUCCUUACAGAUUCCUUCAUGGGAACACCAAAGAGAUCAAUCACAUGAGAAAUGAAGCUCUUGGUACCUCGAUGGAGCUACUUUCACAUCACCAGCUGCUCCCCAGAAUCAUGCCUCACGUCUAUUCAUGGACCAAGAUUCAUGGGAUGAACUUUCUGAAUUGGUAUGGAACAAGGCCACAGCUGGUGAUUACUGAUCCUGAGCUGGUGAAAGAGGUGCUGAGCAAUAAAGAAGGAGCAUAUCCCAAGAAGUUCAUCCAGAGCUAUGCCAAGAAGUUUCUUGGGAAUAGCAUACUGUCUUCACAAGGGGAGAAAUGGGUCAAGACCAGGAAACUUGCAAACCAAGCUUUCCAUGGCGGGUCAUUGAAGGCUAUGAUUCCUGCAAUGAUUCAUAGUGUGGAGGUAAUGCUUCAGAGAUGGAGAGAUGUGAAAGAGGUUGAUGCAUUUCAAGAAUUCAAGCUUUUGACAUCAGAGGUGAUCUCCAGGACAGCAUUUGGGAGUAGUUAUGUGGAAGGCAAGAAUGUUUUUGAUAUGUUGACGAAGCUUGGUCUCAUAGUCAACAGAAACAACUUCAAAGUCAGCAGCAUUCCAGGGCUAGAUUUUUUCUGCAGUAAGCUCUGGAGAACAAGUGAUGAUAUCGAAUCAGACAAACUGGAGCAAGCAAUUAAGGAAGCAAUCAUAGAGCUGAUAAGGAAGAGGGAAGGAAGAGGUGGUCAUUUCAAUGGAAGUGAUGAUGACUUCCUUGGUUCCCUUCUCAAUGCUUUUCAUGACAGUGACUUGUCCAGGAAGAUAACCAUCGACGACGUCGUUGAUGAGUGCAAGGCAUUCUAUGUUGGUGGCCAUGAAACCAUCACAAGCUCUCUCACCUGGACAGUUUUCCUCCUAGCAAUCCACACAGACUGGCAGGACAAGGCUAGAAAAGAGGUUACAGAAUUGCUUGACCAACACAAUCCAAUCACACUUGAUGGUGUCUCUAGAUUGAAGCAGAUGGCAAUGGUUGUGAAUGAAUCAUUGAGGCUAUAUCCACCAGUUUUCAACCUCACAAGGGAAGUUGAGAAGGAGACCAAGCUGGGGAACUACAUCUUUCCUGCAAACAUGGCACUGAGUCUACCCAUCUUAGCAAUUCACCAUAACCCUUUGCUGUGGGGAGAAGACUGUCAUCUUUUCAAGCCAGAGAGGUUUGCUGCUGAUCAUGGUUUGGCCAAAGCAUUCUUACCAUUUGGGUCUGGGCCAAGGACUUGUGUGGGGUUGAACUUUGCAGCUGCAGAGAUCAAGAUCGCUCUCUCGAUGAUUCUCCGACGAUACAGAUUCAGCUUGUCACCUUCCUUCUUGAAUCGAGUAUGGCUGAAACCCAUCAUGAUUCAGUCUUCCAUGGGCCGCCAAGGAGUCAACGGCCCUCCAUACAGAUUCCUACAUGGGAAUACCAAAGAGAUCAAUCACAUGAGGACUGAAGCUCUUAGCACUUCGAUGGAGCUACUUUCUCAUCAUCAGCUGCUCCCCAGAAUCAUGCCUCAUGUCUAUUCAUGGACCAAGAUUCAUGGGACCAACUUUCUGAAUUGGUAUGGAACAAGGCCACAGCUGGUGAUUACUGAUCCUGAGCUGGUGAAAGAGGUGCUGAGCAAUAAAGAAGGCGCAUAUCAAAAGAAGUUCAUCCAAAGCUAUGCCAAGAAGUUUCUUGGGAAUAGCAUACUGUCUUCACAAGGGGAGAAAUGGGUCAAGACGAGGAAACUUGCAAACCAAGCUUUCCAUGGAGGAUCAUUGAAGGCUAUGAUUCCUGCAAUGAUUGAUAGUGUGGAGGUAAUGCUUCAGAGAUGGAGAGAUGUGAAAGAGAUUGAUGCAUUUCAAGAAUUCAAGCUUUUGACAUCAGAAGUGAUCUCCAGGACAGCAUUUGGCAGUAGUUAUGUGGAAGGCAAGAAUGUUUUUGAUAUGUUGACAAAGCUUGGUCUCAUAGUCAACAGAAACAACUUCAAAGUCAGCAGCAUUCCAGGGCUAGAUUUUUUCUGCAGUAAGCUCUGGAGAACAAGUGAUGAUAUUGAAUCAGACAAACUGGAGCAAGCAAUUAAGGAAGCAAUCAUAGAGCUGAUAAGGAAGAGGGAAGGAAGAGAUGGUUAUUACAAUGGAAGUGAUGAUGACUUCCUUGGUUCCCUUCUCAAUGCUUUUCAUGACAGUGACUUGUCCAGGAAGAUAACCAUCGACGACGUCGUUGAUGAGUGCAAGGCAUUCUAUGUUGGUGGCCAUGAAACCAUCACAAGUUCCCUCGCCUGGACAGUUUUCCUUCUAGCAAUCCACACAGACUGGCAGGACAAAGCCAGAAAAGAGGUUCUUGAAUUGUUUGACCAACACAAUCCAAUCACACUUGAUGGUGUCUCUAGAUUGAAGCAGAUGGCAAUGGUUGUGAAUGAAUCAUUGAGGCUAUAUCCACCAGUUUUCAACCUCACAAGGGAAGUUGAGAGGGAGACCAAGCUGGGGAACUACCUGCUUCCUGCAAACAUGGCACUGAGUCUACCCAUCUUAGCAAUUCACCAUAACCCUUUGCUGUGGGGAGAAGACUGUCAUCUUUUCAAGCCAGAGAGGUUUGCUGCUGAUCAUGGUUUGGCCAAAGCAUUCUUACCAUUUGGGUCUGGGCCAAGGACUUGUGUGGGGUUGAACUUUGCAGCUGCAGAGAUCAAGAUCGCUCUCUCGAUGAUUCUCCGACGAUACAGAUUCAGCUUGUCACCUUCUUAUGUCCAUGCACCGUUUAACAUGCUCACAAUCCGUCCUAAACAUGGACUCCAAAUCCUUCUCCACCCACUCUAACACACACAUAGUCGUGGAGAAAAUAAAGCCUGUAAGUUCUAAGUUAUUCAAUGCUUAUAUUUGUACAGCAAUUUUCUUCUCCAGAAACUAAGAAAAGGGUUUGGAUGAAAACUCGUUCUCGUUAAGCUGACCUAUACAACUAUAUGGUGUAUUCCAUCUACCAUCAAUUGUUCAUGGG